AUGGCGACAGGCUUACAAUAUCCACAAGAGUAUGCUACUACUUAUCCAAACGAAAUGGUCAAUAACGCUGGGAUAGCUCUAGCUAAAGAAGCAGUGGAGAUAAGUCCUGAAGACAUAUCCUUCGUAAUUGGAAUCAAUUUUGAGUCUUGUUAUCAUCUGUGUCAACUUUCACACCCUCUCUUAAAGGCAUCAGGAAAUGGAAGCAUUAUCAAUAUUUCUUCCAUUGUAAGCAUUGUUGCUACUUCUCAAUCAGCUAUCUACGCAGCUUCUAAAGGAGCAUUGAAUCAAAUCACCAAAAACCUGGCAUGUGAGUGGGCAAAGGACGUGAUUCGCGUUAAUGCAAUUUCACCAGGGCUAAUUAAAACCCCAUUCGUGGAAAAUCUAACGGAAAGUCCUGAACUGGCUGAUUAUAUAUAUCGAUUACUUUGUAGAAUCCCUAUGUCUCGGUUUGGAAAGCCUAAUGAGAUUUCAUCAAUGGUGGCGUUCCUUUGCUUCCCUACUGCUUCCUAUAUAACUGGUCAGGUUAUUACUGUUGAUGGAGGAUUUACGGUGAAUGGAUUUUGCCUUCCAAAUAAUAAAAUUAGAUAAAUCUUUCUAGUUUGUAAAGAAACCAGAUAGUAGACCUAAAUAAUUAAGGUUUCAGUCUGUAAUGAAAUCAGAUUGUAAUUUUUUUGUAUUGUAUAUCAUUAAU